GAUUACGUGCAUAUCUAAGGGCUGGAGGUGUGAUGGAGAGAAAGACUGUCCCGACGGAUCUGAUGAAUCUCCUGAUAUAUGUCCGCAGAGCAAGGUGUCGCGGUGCCAACCCAAUGAACAUAACUGCCUGGGCACGGAGCUGUGCAUACCCAUGAGCAAGUUGUGCAACGGCCUGCAGGACUGCUUUGACGGCUCGGACGAGGGGUCGCACUGCCGGGAGUUUCUGGCCAACUGCUCGGCCCUGGGGUGCCAGCACCACUGCGUCCCGACGCUCGUCGGACCCACCUGCUACUGCAACAGCUCCUUCCAGCUGGCCGAGGACAGGAAGAGCUGCAAAGACUUCGAUGAGUGCACCAUCUACGGGACCUGCAGUCAGACGUGCACGAACACGGAGGGCUCCUACACGUGCAGCUGCGUUGAGGGCUAUCUCCUGCAGCCCGAUAACCGAUCCUGCAAAGCGAAGAAUGAGCCUGUGGACCGGCCCCCGGUGCUGCUCAUCGCCAACUCCCAGAACAUCCUGGCCACCUACCUGAGCGGCGGCCCCGUGCCCAACAUCACCCCCACCAGCACCAAGCAGACCACCGCCAUGGACUUCAACUACAUCGAGGACACGGUGUGCUGGGUCCACGUGGGCGACAGCGCGUCCCAGACCAUCCUCAAGUGCGCCAAGAUCCCCAACCUGAAGGGCUUUGUGGAGGAGCGCUCCAUCAACAUCUCCCUCAGCCUGCACCACGUAGAGCAGAUGGCCAUCGACUGGCUCACUGGCAACUUCUACUUUGUGGACGACAUCGACGACCGGAUCUUCGUCUGCAACAGGAACGGGGACACCUGCGUCACACUGCUCGACCUGGAGCUGUACAACCCCAAGGGCAUCGCGCUGGACCCGGCCAUGGGAAAAGUCUUCUUCACCGACUACGGGCAGAUCCCCAAGGUGGAGCGCUGCGACAUGGAUGGGCAGAACCGCACCAAGCUGGUGGAUAGCAAGAUCGUCUUCCCCCAUGGCAUCACCCUGGACCUGGUCAGCCGGCUGGUGUACUGGGCCGACGCCUACCUGGACUACAUCGAGGUGGUGGACUACGAGGGGAAGAACCGGCACACCAUCAUCCAGGGCAUCUUGAUCGAGCAUCUCUACGGCCUGACCGUCUUCGAGAACUACCUCUACGCCACCAACUCGGACAACGCCAACGCCCAGCAGAAAACCAGCGUCAUCCGGGUCAACCGCUUCAACAGCACCGAGUACCAGGUGGUCACCAGGGUGGACAAAGGGGGAGCCCUGCAUAUCUACCACCAGCGACGGCAGCCCACAGUGCGGAGCCACGCCUGUGAACCGGAUCAGUUCGGCAAACCUGGAGGCUGCUCCGACAUCUGCCUCCUCGGGAACAGCCACAAGACCCGGACCUGCCGGUGCCGAUCUGGAUUCAGUUUGGGCAGCGACGGGAAGUCUUGCAAAAAGCCGGAGCACGAGCUGUUCCUGGUGUACGGGAAGGGUCGCCCCGGCAUCAUCCGGGGCAUGGACACGGGGGCCAAGGUGCCAGACGAGCACAUGAUCCCCAUCGAGAACCUGAUGAAUCCCCGGGCCCUUGACUUCCACGCCGAGACGGGCUUCGUCUACUUCGCCGACACCACCAGCUACCUGAUCGGGCGCCAGAAGAUCGACGGGACGGAGCGCGAGACCAUCCUGAAAGAUGGCAUCCACAACGUGGAAGGGAUCGCCGUGGACUGGAUGGGGAACAACCUGUACUGGACGGACGACGGCCCCAAGAAGACCAUCAGCGUGGCGCGGCUGGAGAAGGCCGCCCAGACCAGGAAGACGUUGAUCGAAGGGAAGAUGACUCACCCUAGGGCCAUCGUGGUGGAUCCCUUGAAUGGCUGGAUGUACUGGACCGACUGGGAGGAGGACCCGAAGGACAGUAAGAGGGGCAAGAUCGAACGGGCCUGGAUGGACGGCUCCAACCGCAACGUCUUCAUCACCUCCAAGACGGUGCUGUGGCCCAACGGGCUGAGCCUGGACAUCCCGGCCAAGGUCCUCUACUGGGUGGACGCCUUCUACGACCGCAUCGAGAUGAUCUUUCUGAACGGCACCGAGCGCAAGAUUGUCUACGAGGGCCCGGAGCUGAACCACGCCUUUGGGCUCUGCCACUACAGCAGUUUCCUCUUCUGGACGGAGUACCGGAGCGGCAGCAUCUACCGGCUGGACCAGGCGUCCAAGGCCGUCACCCUGCUGCGCAACGAGCGCCCGCCCAUCUUCGAGAUCCGCAUGUACGACGCCCAGCAGCAGCAAGUGGGCACCAACGACUGCCGUGUCAACAACGGGGGCUGCAGCAGCCUGUGUCUGGCCAUCCCCCGGGGCCGGCAGUGCGCCUGCGCCGAGGACCAGAUCCUGGGCCCCGACUCCGUCACCUGCCAAGCCAACCCGUCCUACGUGCCCCCUCCGCAGUGCCAGCCCGGGGAGUUCGCCUGCAAGAACAACCGCUGCAUCCAGGAGCGCUGGAAAUGCGACGGCGACAACGACUGCCUGGACAACAGCGAUGAAGCGCCGGAGCUCUGCCACGAGCACACCUGCCCCUCGGACCGUUUCAAGUGCGAGAACAACCGCUGCAUCCCCAACCGCUGGCUCUGCGACGGCGACAACGACUGCGGCAACAACGAGGACGAAUCCAACUCCACCUGCUCUGCCCGGACCUGCCCCCCCAACCAGUUCUCCUGCGCCAGCGGCCGCUGCAUCCCCAUCUCCUGGACCUGCGACCUGGACGACGACUGCGGGGACCGCUCGGAUGAGUCCUCCUCCUGCGCUUACCCCACCUGCUUCCCCUUGACCCAGUUCACCUGCAACAACGGGCGCUGCAUAAACAUCAACUGGCGAUGUGACAAUGAGAAGGAUUGUGGGGAUGGCUCUGACGAAAAGAACUGUCCAAAACCUACCGACAACGACUGUGGGGACAACAGCGACGAGGCCGGCUGCAGCCACUCCUGCUCCAGCAACCAGUUCAAGUGCAACAGCGGGCGCUGCAUCCCCGUGCACUGGACCUGCGACGGUGACAACGACUGCGGGGACUACAGCGACGAGACCCACGCCAACUGCACCAACCAGGCCACCCGCCCGCCCGGGGGCUGCCACACAGACGAAUUCCAGUGCCGGCUGGACGGGCUGUGCAUCCCCAUGCGCUGGCGCUGCGACGGCGACACGGACUGCAUGGACUCCAGUGACGAGAAGAGCUGCGAGGGCGUCACCCACGUCUGCGACCCCAACGUCAAGUUCGGCUGCAAGGACUCGGCCCGCUGCAUCAGCAAGGCCUGGGUGUGCGACGGAGACAGCGACUGCGAGGACAACUCGGACGAGGAGAACUGCGAGUCGCCGGUGUGCAAGCCGCCCUCCCACACCUGCGCCAACACCACCUCCGUCUGCCUGCCGCCCGACAAGUUGUGCGACGGCACCGACGACUGCGGCGACGGCUCCGACGAGGGCGAGCUGUGUGACCAAUGCUCUCUGAACAACGGCGGCUGCAGCCACAACUGCACGGUGGCCCCGGGCGAGGGCAUCGUCUGCUCCUGCCCGCUGGGCAUGGAGCUGGGCACCGACAACCGGACCUGCCAGAUCCAGAGCUACUGCGCCAAGCACCUCAAGUGCAGCCAGAAGUGCGAGCAGGACAAGUACAACGUCAAGUGCUCGUGCUACGAGGGCUGGAUGCUGGAGCCCGACGGCGAGAGCUGCCGAAGCCUGGACCCCUUCAAGCCCUUCAUCAUCUUCUCCAACCGCCACGAGAUCCGGCGCAUCGACCUGCAGAAGGGCGACUACAGCGUCCUGGUGCCCGGCCUGCGCAACACCAUUGCCCUCGACUUCCACCUCAACCAGAGCUCCCUCUACUGGACAGACGUGGUGGAGGACAAGAUCUACCGGGGGAAGCUGCUGGAGAAUGGGGCUCUCACCAGCUUCGAGGUGGUGAUCCAGUACGGGCUGGCCACGCCCGAGGGCCUGGCCGUGGACUGGAUCGCCGGCAAUAUCUACUGGGUGGAGAGCAACCUGGACCAGAUCGAGGUGGCCAAGCUGGACGGCACCAUGCGCACCACGCUGCUGGCCGGGGACAUCGAGCACCCGCGCGCCAUCGCCCUCGACCCCCGAUACGGCAUCUUGUUCUGGACGGACUGGGACGCCAGCCUGCCCCGCAUCGAGGCAGCUUCCAUGAGUGGCCAGGGCCGGCGCACGAUCCACAAGGAGACGGGCUCGGGGGGGUGGCCCAACGGCCUGACCGUCGACUAUCUGGAGAAACGCAUCCUCUGGAUCGACGCCAGGUCGGACGCCAUCUACUCGGCGCUGUACGACGGCUCGGGGCACAUGGAGGUGCUGCGGGGCCACGAAUACCUGUCCCACCCCUUCGCCGUCACCCUGUACGGCGGCGAGGUCUACUGGACCGACUGGCGCACCAACACCCUGGCCAAGGCCAACAAGUGGACAGGCCACAAUGUCACCGUGGUGCAGAGAACCAACACGCAGCCCUUCGACCUGCAGGUCUAUCACCCGUCCCGCCAGCCACUGGCUCCCAACCCCUGCGAGGCCAACGGGGGCAAAGGGCCCUGCUCCCACCUCUGCUUGAUCAACUACAACCAGUCCUCCUCCUGCGCCUGCCCCCACCUCAUGAAGCUGGACAAGGAUAACACCACGUGCUACGAGCUGAAGAAGUUCCUGCUGUACGCGCGGCAGAUGGAGAUCCGGGGCGUGGACAUCGACAACCCCUACUACAACUACAUCAUCUCCUUCACCGUGCCCGACAUAGACAACGUCACGGCCGUGGACUACGACGCCCCGGAGCAGCGCAUCUACUGGUCCGACGUCCGCACCCAGACUAUCAAGCGGGCCUUCAUCAACGGCACCGGCGUGGAGACUGUCGUCUCGGCAGACCUGCCCAACGCUCAUGGCCUCUCUGUGGACUGGGUUUCCAGAAACCUCUUCUGGACCAGCUACGACGCCAACCGGAAGCAGAUCAACGUGGCCCGGCUGGACGGCUCCUUCAAGAACGCCGUGAUCCAGGGACUGGAAAAGCCCCACUGCCUGGUGGUUCACCCGCUCCAAGGGAAGCUCUACUGGACGGACGGGGACAACAUCAGCAUCGCCAACAUGGACGGCAGCAACCGCAGCUUCCUCUUUACGAACCAGAGAGGGCCUGUCGGCCUGGCCAUCGACUACCCGGAGAACAAGCUCUACUGGAUCAGUUCCGGCGCCGGCACCAUCAACAGGUGCAACCUGGACGGCAGCGGCCUGGAGGUCCUGGAGACCAUGAAGAGCCAGCUGAGCAAGGCGACCGCGCUGGCCAUCAUGGGCGACAAGCUGUGGUGGGCAGACCAGGCCUCGGAGAAGAUGGGCACCUGCAACAAGAAGGACGGGACGGGGGCCGUCGUCCUGCGCAACAGCACCACGCUGGUCAUGCACAUGAAGGUCUAUGACGAGAGCGUCCAGCACGGCACCAACCCCUGCAGCGUGAACAACGGCGACUGCUCGCAGCUCUGCCUGCCCACCUCGCCCACCACCCGCUCCUGCAUGUGCACCGCCGGCUACAGCCUCAAGAGCGGGCAGCAGUCCUGCGAAGGCGUGGGCUCCUUUCUGCUGUACUCGGUGCACGAGGGGAUCCGCGGCAUCCCCCUGGAUCCCAACGACAAGUCCGACGCCCUGGUGCCCGUGUCUGGGACCUCGCUGGCCGUGGGGAUCGAUUUCCACGCGGAGAACGACACCAUCUACUGGGUGGACAUGGGCCUCAGCACCAUCAGCCGGGCCAAGCGCGACCAGACGUGGCGGGAGGACGUGGUCACCAAUGGGAUCGGGCGCGUGGAAGGCAUCGCGGUCGACUGGAUAGCAGGAAACAUCUACUGGACGGACCAAGGCUUCGACGUCAUCGAGGUGGCCAGGCUGAACGGGUCAUUCCGCUACGUCGUCAUCUCGCAGGGGCUGGAUAAACCUCGGGCCAUCACGGUGCACCCGGAGAAAGGGUACCUGUUCUGGACAGAGUGGGGCCAGUACCCCCGCAUCGAACGCUCUCGCCUGGAUGGGACAGAACGGAUGGUCCUGGUCAACGUGAGCAUCAGCUGGCCCAACGGGAUAUCGGUCGACUACCAGGACGGGAAGCUGUACUGGUGCGACGCUCGGACGGACAAGAUCGAACGCAUCGACCUGGAGACGGGAGAGAACAGGGAGGUCGUCCUGUCCAGCAACAACAUGGACAUGUUCUCGGUGUCGGUCUUCGAGGAUUACAUCUACUGGAGUGACCGGCGUUUCCCAGGAGAUGAGGCCCCACAGCACAACUUGGCAGCUCUCUCCCCCAAGCAGCAGAGCCCGCGCAUCGCUCCAGAACUGCCUGGACAUGAAGAUGUAGACGGCCGGUUUGGCCACCUACCAGGAACCAGCACAGAACUGGGAGAGCGCCGUGGGAGCCGGCCAGCCCCUGGAGCAACAGAGUGUAGGAUGGGAGCCAGCAGACCACGAAGGUCCAGGAGCAGCACCCUUCCCAAGCGAGCGUUGGUUUGUGCAGGCAGUGGGCGGGCUUCGCCCUUCCCGGAGCACAGGUGCCCCCGAAUCUUGGCCUGCGUGGUGGAGAUGACGGCCAGCGGGAUGGCAAAGGUACAGAGGAAGAGGGCCACGGCAUACACUCGUUGGCUGGCCCCGGGGAGCACCACGAAGCAGAAGGAUUGGCGAGCGGAGCAGCGGCCAGUGCGGCAGGCACCCAGAUGGCAGCGGGUACCAUGCCAGCUGGCAGCGAUAGAGAUGCGCCACGGCCAGGUCGCGGUGCACGGCCAGGGUGAAGGCGGUGGCGAAGGAGUUGGCCACGCCCACGAAACGCAGGAGCGUGUGGAGGCCGGCCCUGAAGAGCCGCACGUGUGUGGUGGCUGCCGCGGCGGCAAAGGGCCUGCGGGCCACCUGCGGUACGUCCGCCAGGCUGAGGUUGAGCAGCACCAUGUGGGCUCAGUGGAGGGGCUGGCGUACCACCGGGGCUGGGACACGCUGUACUGGACCAGCUACACCACGUCCACCAUCACCCGGCACACGGUGGAUCAGAGCCGCUUGGGGGCCUUCGAGCGGGAGACGGUCAUCACCAUGUCGGGAGACGAUCACCCUCGAGCCUUCGUGCUGGACGAGUGCCAGAACCUGAUGUUCUGGACCAACUGGAACGAGCUGCACCCCAGCAUCAUGCGGGCCACCCUGGGCGGGGCCAACGUCCUCAUCAUCAUCGACCAGGACAUCCGGACGCCCAACGGGCUGGCCAUCGACCACAAGGCCGAGAAGAUCUACUUCUCUGACGCCACGCUGGACAAGAUCGAGCGCUGCGAGUACGACGGGUCCCACCGCUACGUGAUCCUGAAAUCGGAGCCGGUGCACCCCUUCGGCCUGGCCGUCUACGGCGACUACAUCUUCUGGACGGACUGGGUGCGCCGGGCCGUGCAGCGGGCCAACAAGUACGUGGGCACGGACAUGAAGCUGCUGCGCGUGGACAUCCCCCAGCAGCCCAUGGGCAUCAUCGCCGUGGCCAACGACACCAACAGCUGCGAGCUGUCCCCCUGCAGGGUGAACAACGGGGGCUGCCAGGACCUGUGCCUGCUCACCCCCAAGGGGCAUGUCAACUGCUCCUGCCGGGGCGAGCGGGUCCUGCAGGAGGAUUUCACCUGCAAAGCCCUGAACUCCACCUGCAACGUUUACGAGUUCGAGUGUGGGAACGGCGAGUGCAUCGACUACAGCCGCACCUGCGACGGCUCCGCGCACUGCAAGGACAAGUCCGACGAGAAGCAGUCCUACUGCAGCAGCCGCAAGUGUAAGAAGGGCUUUCUGCACUGCAUGAACGGGCGCUGCCUGGCCAACGCCUUCUGGUGCAACGGCAUGGACGACUGCGGGGACAACUCGGACGAAGUGCCCUGCAACAAGACCAGGUGCGCGACGACGGAGUUCCGGUGCCGGGACGGGAGCUGCAUCGGGAACUCGAGCCGCUGUAACCAGUUCAUCGACUGCGAGGACGCGUCGGAUGAGAUGAACUGCAGCGCCACCGACUGCAGCAGCUACUUCAAGCUGGGGGUGAAAGGCUUGACGUUCCAGAAGUGCGAGCACACGUCGCUGUGCUACGCCCCGUCCUGGGUGUGCGACGGAGCCAACGACUGCGGGGACUACUCGGACGAGCAGAACUGCCCGGGAGUGAGGAAACCCAAGUGCCCGGCCAAUUACUUCGCCUGCCCGAGCGGGAGGUGCAUCCCCAUGACCUGGACGUGCGAUAAGGAGGACGACUGUGAGAACGGCGAAGACGAGACGCACUGCAAUAAAUUCUGCUACCCCGUGCAGUUCGAAUGCAACAACCACCGCUGCAUCUCCAAGCUGUGGGUGUGCGACGGGGCGGACGACUGCGGGGAUGGCUCCGACGAAGACAGCCGCUGCCGGCUGACCACCUGCAGCUCGGGGUCCUUCCAGUGCCCGGGCACGUACAUGUGCGUGCCAGAGCGCUGGCUCUGCGACGGAGACAAGGACUGCGCCGACGGCUCUGACGAGUCCUUAGCCGCUGGCUGCUUGUACAACAGCACGUGUGACGAGCGGGAGUUCAUGUGCGCCAACCACCAGUGCAUCCCCAAGCACUUCGUCUGCGACCACGACGACGACUGCGGCGACGGCUCCGACGAGUCCCCGGAGUGCGAGUACCCGACCUGCAGCCCCCACGAGUUCCGGUGUGCCAACGGCCGCUGUCUCAGCAACAGCCAGUGGCAGUGCGACGGGGAAUUCGACUGCCACGACCACUCGGACGAGGCGCCCAAGAACCCGCGCUGCACCAGCUCCGAGAGCAGGUGCAACGACUCGUUCUUCCUGUGCAAGAACGGCCGGUGCGUGCCCGAGGCCCUGCUCUGCGACAACAACGACGACUGCGCCGACGGCUCCGACGAGCUGAACUGCUUCCUCAACGAGUGUCUCAACAAGAAACUGAGCGGCUGCUCCCAGGAGUGCGAGGACCUCAAGAUCGGCUAUAAGUGUAGAUGCCGGCCCGGGUACAGGCUGAAAGACGACGGGAAAACCUGCAUCGACAUUGACGAGUGCACCACCACCUACCCCUGCAGCCAGAAAUGCAUCAACACGCUGGGCAGCUUCAAGUGCCUGUGCACAGAGGGCUACAAACUCAGGCCCGACCACCCGACCAGCUGCAAAGCCGUCUCAGACGAAGAGCCCUUCCUCAUCUUCGCCAACCGCUACUACCUGAGGAAACUCAACCUGGACGGCUCCAACUACACGCUGCUCAAACAGGGGCUGAACAACGCCGUGGCUCUGGACUUCGACUACAGGGAGCAGAUGAUCUACUGGACGGAUGUCACCACGCAGGGCAGCAUGAUCCGCCGCAUGCACAUUAACGGGAGCAACGUCCAGGUCCUUCACCGCACCGGUCUCAGCAACCCCGACGGGCUGGCCGUGGACUGGGUGGGCGGGAACCUGUACUGGUGCGACAAGGGCAGGGACACCAUCGAGGUGUCGAAGCUGAACGGGGCCUAUCGCACGGUGCUGGUGAACUCGGGGCUGCGGGAGCCGCGGGCGCUGGUGGUGGACGUGCAGAACGGUUACCUGUACUGGACGGACUGGGGUGACCACUCCCUGAUUGGCAAGAUCGGCAUGGACGGCACCAACCGGAGCGUCAUCGUAGACACCAAGAUCACCUGGCCCAACGGCCUCACCCUGGACUACAUCAAUGGCCGGAUUUACUGGGCAGAUGCCCGGGAGGACUACAUUGAGUUUGCCAGUCUGGAUGGCUCCAACCGGCACAUCGUGCUGAGCCAGGACAUCCCGCACAUCUUUGCGCUCACCCUCUUUGAGGACUACAUCUACUGGACCGACUGGGAGACCAAGUCCAUCAACCGAGCCCACAAGACCACCGGGGCCAACAAGUCCAUGCUGAUCAGCACGCUGCACCGGCCCAUGGACAUCCACAUCUACCAUGCCUACCGCCAGCCGGACGUCCCCAGUCACCCCUGCAAAACCAACAACGGCGGCUGUAGCAACCUGUGCCUCCUGUCCCCGGGCGGCACCCACAAGUGCGCCUGCCCCACCAACUUCUACCUGGGCGGCGACGGCAAGACCUGCGUCUCCAACUGCACGGCCAGCCAGUUCGUUUGCAAGAACGACAAAUGCAUCCCUUUCUGGUGGAAAUGCGACACGGAGGACGACUGCGGGGACCGCUCGGACGAGCCCGAAGAUUGCCCUGAAUUCAAGUGUCGCCCAGGACAGUUCCAGUGCUCCACCGGGAUCUGCACCAACCCGGCCUUCAUCUGCGACGGAGACAACGACUGCCAGGACAACUCGGACGAGGCCAACUGCGAUAUCCACGUCUGCCUGCCCAGCCAGUUCAAAUGCACCAACACCAACCGCUGCAUCCCUGGGAUCUUCCGUUGCAACGGGCAGGACAACUGUGGGGACGGCGAGGACGAGAAGGAUUGUCCGGAGGUGACCUGCGCCCCCAAUCAGUUCCAGUGUGCCGUCACCAAGCGCUGCAUCCCCCGUGUCUGGGUGUGCGACCGGGACAACGACUGCGUGGACGGAUCAGACGAGCCCGCCAACUGCACACAAAUGACGUGUGGUGUGGACGAGUUCCGGUGCAAGGACUCGGGCCGAUGCAUCCCAGCACGCUGGAAAUGCGACGGGGAGGAUGACUGCGGAGACAGCUCGGACGAGCCCAAGGAGGAAUGUGACGAGCGCACCUGCGAGCCGUACCAGUUCCGCUGCAAGAACAACCGGUGCGUGCCGGGCCGCUGGCAGUGCGACUACGACAACGACUGCGGGGACAACUCGGACGAGGAGAGCUGCACGCCCAGGCCCUGCUCGGAGAGCGAGUUCUCCUGCGCCAACGGGCGCUGCAUCGCCGGCCGGUGGAAGUGUGAUGGGGACCACGACUGUGCCGACGGCUCCGACGAGAAGGACUGCACGCUGCGCUGCGACUUCGACCAGUUCCAAUGCAAGAACGGGCACUGCAUCCCCAUGCGCUGGCGCUGCGACGCCGACGCCGACUGCAUGGAUGGCAGCGACGAGGAGAACUGCGGCACCGGGGUGCGCACCUGCCCCCUGGACGAGUUCCAGUGCAACAACACCCUUUGCAAGCCGCUGGCAUGGAAGUGCGACGGGGAGGACGACUGUGGGGACAAUUCCGACGAGAACCCCGAGGAGUGCUUGAGGUUCCAGUGCCCGCCCGGCCGACCGUUCCGCUGCAAGAACGACCGCGUGUGCCUGUGGAUCGGGCGUCAGUGCGACGGCAUCGACAACUGCGGGGACGGCACGGACGAGCGAGACUGCGAGUUGCCCACCGCCAGGCCCAAGAGCUGCAGCCACGAGAAGAGCGAAUUCCUCUGCAAGAACAAGAAAUGCAUCAGCUCCCUCCUGCGCUGCAACUUCUUCGACGACUGCGGGGACGGCUCGGACGAGGAGCCGUGUUCCCACGGCGCCAAGGGGGGGAUCCCCCCAACAGCCUUGGACCCAGCUCCCCAGCGCUAUGGAGACAAGCCGGGUAUCCCCCCCCACUUUAACCCCUCGCUGUGCCCGCUCCGACACCCCCCCGGCUUCAGCCCCUCGCUGUGCCCGCUCCGAGAUGCCGGCUCGUCCCACGGGGGUGGUGGGAGCCUGGCCCGGGGAAUAGACAAGUAA